AUGAUAUCCACCAUCCCCCCACCCCGGCCCGUGUCGGUCAAUUCCUUGGCCAGAGCUCCAGGCACUGCACUGGCAGCACCAGUCCAGAAAACACUUCGCAGCACCAGCACGGGGAUCUCACUUCACGACAGCCUCUAUUCUCCCGACUCAUCUCAGUCAACUCCCGCGUCAGCAUUAUCUUACCCCUCGCCCGCCCCUCGCGACAUCUCUGCAUUCUCUUGCCCACGCAACUCUUCGCGGGAAGAAACCGAGUUUGCAAACAUCCCGAUCGAGAUCCAUGAGGCGAUCAUCGAUCAUUUGUUUGGUGAGCGGGCCUCCGCGGCUAAGGCGAGCAAAUCGUCCGUGCAGAACUGGGAGAAAGCCCUUCGACACCCCCGGCGCAAAGCGCUUUCGAACCUCUCGCUGAUCUCCAGGGUGUGGACACCACUCGUCCAAGGCCGUAUCUAUCGACACAGUAAGUUUGCUUGA